CGCUCGCUGUCACUCGGCUGACCUCGACCUCCGCCAGCAUGUCCACCAGCUGCCGCUCUGGAAACUCCUCCUCCCGCUCCCUGGGCAGCUCCCAGCGCUGCCCCAGCUCCUCCUGCGGCUCCUCCUGCGGGUCCUCCUGCAGCUCCUCCAACCCCGGCACCCCGGCCCCCAGCAGGGACCCCUGCCCCUGCCUGCAGGGCCCCUCUCCCCAGAGCAGCUACCAGGUCAUCUGCUGGGCGCCCAGCAGCUGCCGGCCGUCCUGCUGCAGCCCGAGGGUCCCCGUGCCCAGCAGCCCCUGCCAGGUCCCGUCCACUGGGGCUCAGGGCCAGGGGUCCAGCAGCAGCUGCUCCCAGGGCUCUGGGUCUGGUGGCCUCAGACCCCAGGGUUGUGGUGCCUGUGGGGUCCCUUCCCCGGACCCUGGAUCCGGAUCCCGCCGCCCGACCUGCGGGACCCCCAGGAGCUGCCAGUCCUCCGGCGGCCGACCGUCCUGCGGGUCGUCUGCCUGUUAGACCGGCUUCCUGACCGUCCGACCACAGCGCCCCCUCCUCUGCUUGGAGCUGCUCCUGCGGCCUCUCCCGGGGGAUGGGGGGCACCCGGCCGCUCUCCCCACCGGCUCUCCCCCUCGCUGGCGUUCACCCUGGCUGACAGACGGGUCUUUCCAACAGUGAAGUCCACGAGUGAUCGAAACACCGAGUCCAACGUCUGUAAUUCUGAAACAACUGCUGCAGAUCGACAUAAACUCUCCUCGCGCCACGUGUUUGACCCAAUAAACUCACU